GAAUUCGCUCCGUUCCACGAUGUUCUCCAGAGACAGAAAGGGCGAGAUGGAGAUCGACGUGAUGUUGGACGAGCCGCUGACCAGCGACUCGUGCACGAAGGUUGUGAUGGAGCUCAUAAAGUACAUUCUGUAUCAGAAGCAGCAGAUACCGUUCACGUACGAGGCGCUAGCUCAAUUCCAAACGAGCGUGAAGACGACAGACAGGAACGCGGUAUCUUUCAGAGCCCUGUCGGGCACGCUGAAAACCGUCUCGGAUCACCUGUCCUCGCAGUUCUUCCUCAAGGGUUGCGAUAUAAAGGAGGUUGCCAUAAUACUCGGCGCUACGAUACUGUCGCCGAAGCUCUACAUUGGGAUAGAUCUUCCCUCGUACGUUCUCAACAGCAAGCAGCACAAAGAGUAUCAGCAUUCCUCCAGGAAACCGCUUUUGAAGCUUAUGAGGUCUAUGUUGGAGUGCGACGAGUUCCAGGAGGCCAUGAACGUUCCUCUAAACAUGACAAACAUGUUUGUCAUGCUGAGGAAAAACGACAGUAACUCGGUGUCCGAUUUCUUCCUGCCCAAGCCGCAAUACGUGCCGCCUAUGCAGACGGCAAGUUGCUUCAGGAUUAAACUGUGCCAGAGUGACCAAGCGGAUAUGCGGUGCAACUGCAGGACGCUGGUCAAAGUGUAUCACGAUUCGUGCAAGACUUAUUUGGAGAACGAAGAUGACGUGCAAUAUACUCAGUACAAUAGUGCCACUCAGUCCUCCUACCGAUGGUAUCAGUCAAAGCAGAUUAUAAAGGGAUUUAAAUUCUCUUCAUGACCGUAACUUCGCGAUACAGCGCAGUUAUAGCAGAAUUGAACAUUUUUUUCAUAGGAUGAACAAUUUUCUCUAGGAUGUUAAAUAGAUUAAAUGCCGUGUAAUCGUAUUAUAAUUAAGAGCAACGAGACCAUAUUAAGCAUUGAUGUGUUUAACAGCAUUAAUGUGUUUGUACUGCUGACAUCGCAUUGAUGUCACAACGUGACUCGACAAGUGUCCUGAGGUCACAUAUGAUAGAAAUUUCCAUUCAUUAUCAGAAAGAGCAAACCAGUAUUUUUAUUCGUAUCAAUAUACAACAAACGUGAUAAGUCUUAUACGCCAGUAAUCGGAAUUAUGUAAUCAAGGUUGCAGUACAAAAUUGUGUAAUAAUGAAUUUUAUUGAUUAACCAAGAUAUUUACAGUAAAAUAGACAAGAUAAGAUGUUGCUGAUUUAUUAUAAGAAAAAUUUUGUAUAAUUGCUAGAAAUAUUUUAUAUUAUAUACAUAAUUAUAACGUUAAAUUUUUAUCUGAUCGAGUUGCAGUUAAUUACUCCGCCAC